GUAUAAAUAAAUCAAUCUAACAAGUUUGAUUUAUUUUCACAAUAACGUUGCUAUGAUAAGUUUGGUGUUGGUUCUUGCGGUUGUCGGGUCCGCUUUAUCUUGGCGAUGCAAUCCGCCGACAUGCAAUGGUGCUCAGCAUACUAUGUGUAGAUAUCGAUCAGCAUGGCCUGCAGCAACCUGCGGUAAAGUACAAUCGAGUUCUUUGACCUCGGGCGAAAUAAACGAAAUUCUUCGAGCACAUAAUGACAAGCGGGCAUUUGUGGCAAGAGGCGCCGAAAGGCGAGGAAUUGCUGGCCCUCAACCCGCUGGAAGAAUCCCGCCCCUGACGUGGGACAAUGAACUGGCACAAAUUGCUCAGAGGUGGGCUAAUCAGUGCCAAUUUGGUCAUGACACAUGCCGUAAUGUUGAUCGCUUUCGAGUCGGACAAAACGUCGCUAAAAUGAUGUAUAGCAACAAUUAUCAUGUUAGAUUGUCAUACUUGGUGCAACAAUGGUACAACGAAGUGAAGGAUUUCAAUAGGAACUACGUUCGCAGUUUUCGAUGGCAAUCUUGGCCGCAAAUUGGUCAUUAUACUCAGCUUGUUUGGGGAAAUACUAGAAAGGUUGGUUGUGGAGCCAUCAGGUACAAAGAUUGGUACUGGUACACUACUUAUUUGGUUUGCAACUAUGGACCUACUGGAAAUGGGAUCGGUCAACGUGUUUACUGAAGUUUUUCAUGGUUUUAUGUUUUUUAUAGUUUAAUACUCAUUUUCUAUGAUCUGUGAUCAAAUAAAAGAACUUUUGUAAGGAUAA